GGGCCGCGCCGUGCGGGGCAGGCCGGGCGGCUCCAUGUGGGGGGUGCUGCGGGCUGCGCGGCGGGCUGCGGGGCGAGUGGGCGGGGCGCUGCGCGCUGCCGCCUGCCGCCCCAUGGCUACUUCGGGCCCGGCGGCGGUGGCCCGGGGACCCGCCAGCACCGCCGGUAUCAUCGUCAUCGGCGACGAGAUUCUCAAGGGCUACACGCAGGAUACAAAUUCCUUCUUCAUGUGCCGGCGGCUGCGUGCCCUUGGCGUGAGCGUGGCGCGGAUCUCGGUGGUGCCUGAUGACGUGGAGGCCAUCGCCAGCGAGGUGGCCUCCUUUGCUGCCCGCUUCACCUUCGUGCUGACUUCCGGGGGCAUCGGCCCCACGCACGACGAUGUGACCUUCGAAGCUGUGGCCAAGGCCUUUGGGGAGAAGGUCGUCCUCCAUCCCGAGCUGGUGGCCCUGGUGCACAAGUUCUUUGGCAAGACAGAGGAGCAGUGCCCUGAGAUGAAGCUGGCUCGCGUCCCCGAGUCCUCCCGCCUCAACUAUGGCACAGACGAGCGCACUGGCAGCACGUUUAAGUACCCGCUAGUCAGUGUGCGCAAUGUCUACAUAUUCCCCGGCAUCCCGGCACUGCUGGAGCGUGCCCUGGAUGGCCUUGCUCACCUCUUUCGCAGCAAACAGACCCACUUCCACUCCCGCACCAUCUACGUGGCGUCCGAUGAGAUUCGCAUUGCGCCCGUGCUGGACUCGGCCGAUGCCACCUUCCGGGGCCGUGUCAGCUUGGGUUCCUACCCAGACUGGACCAGCAACUACUACCGGGUGAAGCUGACCCUGGACUCGGAGUCGGAGCAGGACCUGGAGGAAGCGUAUUGCUUCUUGAUGAGGGAGCUGCCACUGGGUGUUGCUGUGCCGCAGGUGACAGACUGUGUUUCUACAGCAGCUGUGGAGGUUUAUGGCCUGGCUGAGUCAGGCUCGGCCCUGGGGCAGAAGGUGGCAGCAGCCCUGCGAAUCAUCGAGGAGGCUUUGGACCAGUACAGCCUGGUCCAGCUCUGCGUGGGCUUCAACGGGGGCAAGGACUGCACAGCCCUGCUGCACCUCGUCCAUGCAGCUGUGCAGAGGCGGUUCCCAGCGAGGCAGGAGAGGCUGCAGGUGCUCUACAUUCGCAUUGUGUCCCCAUUCCCUGAAAUGGAGCAGUUCAUUCAGGCAACAGUCCAGAGGUACGGGGUGCAGCUCUGCACUGUGGAGGGCUCCAUCCGGGAGGCGCUGGCCCAGCUGAAGGAGCAGCAGCCUCAGCUGGAGGCUGUCCUGAUGGGAACACGGCGGACGGACCCUUACUCGUGCACCCUGACCCCUAUGUGUGCGACAGACCCUGGCUGGCCCCCUUACAUGCGGGUGAACCCCUUGCUGGACUGGACCUACCGGGACAUCUGGGAGUUCCUGCGCAAGCUCUUUGUUCCCUACUGUAUCCUCUAUGACAAGGGCUACACGUCCCUGGGGAGCAUGACCAACACACAGAAGAACCCAGCACUACGCUACACUGAUGCUCAGGGCCGGGAGGGCUACCGGCCUGCCUAUGAGCUGGAAAAUGAGGAAGAAGAGCGCACCUCCCGCCAGUGAAGGGCCACGCUCUGGGAGGCUCCAUGGAAUGCUGCUGCGAGUGACAUUGAAUAAAGCUGCUGCCUGUCAGCACUAAAUAAACCUGCUGCAGUCUGCACUGCA